AAAAAGCAAAACGAAAAGAAGAUUGAUGGCUAACUGGAAGGAGCUUAGUGGUGAGAAGAAUUGGGAGGGUCUUUUGAAACCUCUCAACGGUGAUCUCUCAAGCUAUAUAAAACUCUAUGGUGAAGGAGUUCAAGCUGUUUAUGACUCGGUUAACCAUGAAGAUGAAAGACUUCCUGCUUACCAAAAGGAAGAUUUAUUUUCUAAAGUUUUCAUGGAAACAGACAAGUUGGGCAAAUUAUACACGGUGACAGACUAUUUUUAUGCAAUGUCAGAUGUUCCUUCCUUGGUCGAUGAGAUUGUUGAGGACCAAUCUGCUUGGUUUGGUUAUGUGGCUGUGGCUACAGAUGAAGGAAAAAGAGUUUUAGGAAGGAGAGACAUUUUGAUUUGUUGGAGGGGAACUAAUUCUCUGGCUGAGUGGUUCAAAAAUUUUCAAUUCGAUCAAACAUCAGCUUCAAACAUUUUUGGGAACACCCAUGAUCCACAAGUGCACAGAGGAUUUCUCUCAAUCUACACGUCGCCAAAUAGCGAACCCUCAUCCAAUAAAUUGAGUGCCAGAGACCAGGUGCUGAAUACAGUUAAGAUACUGGUGAAUAAGCCUGCGUACGUAAACGAGGAAAUCAGUAUAACAGUGGCAGGUCAUAGUCUGGGUGCAGCGCUUGCAACGUUGAACGCCACUGACAUAGUUGCCAAUAACUUUAAUAAGCGCACAAGAUCGAACAAAACAUGCAUGGUCACAGCCUUUGUGUUUGCAAGCCCGAAGGUCGGAAACGAAGGAUUCAGGAAUAUAUUCAAUGGACUCAGCAAUCUUCAUCUCUUGCGCAUUGAAAACAGAUUAGACAUUGUUACUGAUCUUCCUCCUUUCGAAAUUUCAUACAAAAAAGUGGGAAUGAAGUUAAGAAUUAAGAGUCACAAGUCAGCCUUAUUCAAUUUAAUGGAUGGGCUUCAACUUCAUGACAUAAUACCUGAGUCGCAUAAUUUGAAGGAGUAUCUCGAAGGACUUACAAAUAAAUCCGUAAAAUCACAGUUGGGGAAGACAAGGAGUAAACUUUAAUUAGUGAGUGAAAUUCAUCUUGGUUCUGAUUUCCUUUUGUGUUUAACUAAAGCUUUGUUUAUUAUAUUGUGUUGUCGGUUUUAUUUGGGACUAGUUCAUUGGUGUUAUCUUUGUUUCCCAAGUCUGUUAUUAUUUGUCUAUUGAGCGGUUUUAAUGUACUAUGUCGUGUGUGGUUCAUUACGUUAAUAAAGGUGC